AUGACAAACUGCAAAACCAUACUAGCAUCGAAAAUAGCCUCAGGUUUUAGAAACCAUAUAAAAAAGACAAUAUCUACUCGCAAAAUCCAACCUACAUUAGUCGGAUUUCUCGCUAAUGAAGACCCUGCUGCGAAAAAGUAUGCAGAAUGGACAGCAAAAUCCUGUAGCGAGACAGGCGUUCGAUUCAAUUUGAUCACAGUUGAUAAAGAUACACUAGAGCAAAACAUCAUAGACGCAAAUUUAGAUAAAGACGUAAAUGGGAUCAUGGUCUACUACCCAGUAUUUGGAAAUCACUUGGAUCUGUAUCUUCAAAAUAGAGUGAGCCCACUUAAAGAUGUGGAGGGCUUAGGCAGUGUGGCUGUCCGAAAUGUAUACCAAAACAAAAGAUUCAUGGACGACGAUAAAUCGAUGAAAAGCAUUAUACCCUGCACACCCCUUGCUAUCAUCAAGAUACUAGAGUACAUCAAUCAAUACAAGGCUACUUUGCCAUACGGAACUCGCUUGAAGGAUCAAACCAUCACCAUCAUCAACCGUAGUGAGAUUGUGGGCAGACCUCUAGCUGCCCUACUCGCCAAUGAAGGAGCAACUGUUUAUUCAGUAGAUCAAAGCAAUGUUCAGACAUUUACAGAAUUAGACUCAGAGAACAAAUGCAAGACAAUAGACACUGAUCUAAAAUGCUUUGAUGUGAUUCCUCAAUCAGACGUCAUUAUAACAGGUGUGCCGGCUCCCAAUUUCAAAGUGUCUACCAAGAUACUGAAACCAGGCGUUACCUGCAUCAACUUUUCUACAUUUGCUAAUUUCGAGCCAGAUGUUACAUCAAAAGCAUCACAUUUCGUCCCCUCUGUCGGUAAAGUUACUGUGGCCAUGCUCGAGCGUAAUUUACUGCGAUUAUAUGACUAUCAGCACCAAACGAUGAAAUCGUAA